ACUGCGUGACUUCGUUCGCUGUGGGCAGUGGAAUGUUACAAGCCCAUAAACUGCCUCAACCCUCUCAGCAGAAACCAAAACCAAAGGCGAACUAUUGAGUUUUUUGAGUUCCACAGAUUUGCAAAGCAAGAAACCAUGAGCAUCCAACCGCAACAAUUGAGCGACAUUGAGUAUCCAACUCUCCAAGAUUGCCUGUUUGGCCGUGGAGGUCACACAUCUUGUCAUCCCGGGAAUGUCAAGUACCGCACCAUGAUCCAAGGGUAUCGGGAAAUCUACCACCAUGCGGACAAAGAGCAUAAAAUUGAGAUUGUCAAGGAAAUCAUUUACCGAUGGCGAGCUCAAGAACCUCCAGGUCGCUUUCUGGUCUUGUCCCAACCGAACGGCAGAACUGGCAGGACUUGGUAUGAUGUUGGAGACCGCGAAGCCAUGAAGAAAGUCAUUGGCACUCUCAGGAUCCGAAAGCCCACCUGCAGAAAGGCCAACAAGACUCAAGCUGUGGUGGACGGGAACACGCCCACCAAUCUUUUGGGCCGCUUUCUUCUAGCUAGUCAGACUGAAUAUCAGGAGCAACAGAGAAGACAGCAAAACGAGCAACAUCAGCCGUGGGACGCCCUCAGUCCAGACGCCAGCGACGGUAGUGUUGGCUGUUCAGUUGUUACCGCUGCAGCCACUGACAAGAGCACAGAAAGUGCCGUUCCGCACUAUUCCGACGAUGCCAGCACAUCUCCUUUGCUAUCUGCGCCGUUUGCAGGCUCUGAUCACUAUGACGGGCCAUCACUUCAGGAACUGUCCUCCUUCUUCCUUGCAAGUUGCACCGCCAGCGUCAUCGAUCAGUCUGAUUCUGAUUGCUGGGAUGAAGAUGCAAUCCUGCCCUUGGCCAACAAGAUGAAUACCAUGAUUGAAAUACCAUUGGCGGUGGAGCUUACCCAAGUGGUCUUUCAAGAGGACGACGAACAGGGGCAAUCCACUGCCAUUGCGCAGGAUUUGAAGGGGCUCUAUGCCAUUUGCUAGUAAGCAGAAAUUGCUUUGGACAACAUGAACCUUGUGUAGCUAACUAAUAAGCUCCACGAAAAGUUCACGUUCGGCAGUCUGCAUUGGAUUGGAUUCAUCAUUCAUAUUUAUUUGAGACUGCAUGCAUGAAAACCAGGGCGAGGCAGGGUGUGGCCGAGAUGCCUCCGGCGCAGCAGCCCAAGGCCGACGCAUUCAGUCCGCCCUCCCAAAGGCCGCUGCCCAUUUGCUUGCAGCUCGACCACUUGCUUGCCCCAACCUUUGUAUUGCGAUAGUAUCAAGUUAGUUUUUAGUUGUCACUGUCUCACGCACACUACUUUUAGCUACUAGCUAGCUCACUACCGUAGCCAGCCAGCAGCUGCCACCGAUGCUGGCUUUAAAAGUUGCAUGUCACCAAUGAACUACAUUGACUAACUUCCACGCUGUGAUGUAUGUUCCUUGUUCCAAUAGUACCCUGAGGGGAAGCAACUGCGGGGAUACCAGAGGUACAGGCAAGCAACGCAAGAACUUGUCUGUUGCCUCGCAGCUAACAUCCAUGUACGGUACAUGUAUUGUCGC